CUCAGACAUGCCAAGAGGCCUCUGCUUCCCAUUGCUGCCUCUGCCAUCUGCAGGCCAGGGGAGCCUGUGCCCUCUGUUCCACUCUUUGUGCAUCCCUAUUCAUAGCACCACAACUCACUGCAUCAUUCUGUGCUUGCUUUCUCAGGGCUUUGUGAGACAACGUGUCCGUCCCACAGUGCCCUGCGAAAGCAAGAAUAGACUGUUCCUUCUGGGAAUUGUGAGCAGAAAAUGUUGAAGGCUCAGAAAAUUCAUUUCCUGGCAGGACCCAAGCUGGUGUGCAGUUACUUCCUUGUCCUCUAAAUGAUGGGUCCAGCUUGUCGAGCUGAGACCAACAGCUGUUGCUUGUAUGGAGGUAAUGUACCUUUGACAUGCCUCUGCAGAAGCUGCUGCCAAGAGACAGCAGAGAGUAUUUAAAGGGACAGCUUUUUGCCCCAGAACAGACCACAAUGGCAGCUUGCUGGUACAAGAAGGUGGAGACAAGGUCAGUACCAUGCAGACGUGGAGGCAAUGACUCAGCUGAUGCUAUCUUAUGCCAGAGGUUGAGUGAAACCUUACUGAAGUUGAUGGGAGUAACAGCCGCCCUUCAUUCAGGAUAAAUGCACAAAGUAAUUGAGUUCUCCUUUAUGGAACAGACAGCUGGAACAAUAGGAGCCACCACCCAAAACACAGGCUGCGUGCACAUUUGGAGUAGGAGUGGAACCAGCUGAUCCAAAGGUUUUUCCUGGGGACUGAAUGCAAAUGCAAAACACUGUUUGCUGGAGCUGUGUGAGUGAGAAGCAGCAAAAACACCACAAAAGCAUACAGAGGAGGCAGCAAGAAAGCUUGACAGAGAGACAGAGAAGCACUUUCAGCUUUUUCUCAGGGUCAUGCUAUGAGAGAGAGAGCGUUCAGGUAAAAUGCUGUCUGGAAAGAGACUUGGAACUGUGAGCAAAGAAACUUUCUCUGGCUGUUCGUUUCCCAUCGUGUUCAGGGAAAUAGGAUAUUCUUUAUAAAUAAACAGGACUGCAUCAAAGAAAUACCACACCACAACAUCAUUUUCUCCCCAAAAGGAAACAACGCGCAAGGCCCUGAAUAUUGGCUAACCACUCGGGUCAAAACAGUCUGCUAUACAAACUGCCACUUCUGGACCAGAACCACACAUAGAAUGUUGGGACUACAUUGUGAUGGAAAUGUGGGAAGACUAGCAGUGGACCCAGAACUUUCAUAUAGGGAAAGUAACUUUCCUGGAGCUGUGUGAGGAGCUCAUGCUGGCACUUGAGCACCAUGGCAGCCAAACGAGAGAGAUGCAGUAAUGAUCCAGAUGCGUGUUGCUAUCACCCAGUGGGCACUGAUUAGAUAUCUGUGGUAAUCUGGGGUUGGCACAGUAGUUGUUGAGGUUUGCAAGGCUAUUAUCACUCUACUGCAAUCCUGCAUCCCUGUAAUACUAUGGGUUUUUAACAGAUGGGAUUCCUGGAUUGCGCAGGCCUCUGUGGACCACCAUUACAGAUUCAUGGACACCUAUGUGAUGUUGGUAAACCAGGUGCCGACUCUUACCAAGUCUGUAGGCCUCAGCUGAGCACUGACAAAUUCAUAGCUGGAAACCAGACCAGCUCACCCAUCUUAGUAAUGUUCAAGAAAACACACCUGAGAAGUAUUUGUCUCCACUACCAGCAGUAUCUUAUUCUGAAGAGACAUUUUCUCAGCUUUUUAAAUAAUGCAACUGGAAUAACCAUCUUCAUUCUUUGCUGCAUCAGUGCAUAUCUACCAGGAAUAGAAGCUGAAAGAAGAAGGUGGGAGGCAGUUAUAGAUGAUUUGCAUGAGAUUAAAUACACAUCUGAUAGCAUCGAUGCCUGUUUAUACACCGCAUAUACAGACAAGCCAGAUGAGUGCGAAGUACAAGUGAUGGAAUGCUUUUUGUUAGAGUUGAAAGUGAUUUCCCAGGAAUGUGAAAUCAGAAAAGGAUGUAAAAUCAAACAGUACGUGCGCAAUGUGCUGGCAAAUGUAAAGGCAAAUUUACCAAAGAAUACAAGUUUACCGACCAGUCCGAACAGGAAUAAAAUAACAUGCAAACAAUGUGAAGAGUACGAAGAAAGAAAUUUUAUUAAAUUUAUAGAGACUUUCGAAGAGUUUGCAAAACACAAGCUGAAAUUUUUACUGCACGUUCCUAAAUAGGCUCUCUUUUUGAAAGUGCUUAAGGGAAACUCCAUAAACUUUGCUGGCACUUCAAGCAAUAUAAUCAUUGGAUGGAUGGAGACACAGACGGUUUGGCUAUUUUAAAAACUUUGUAAGACAGAAAAAAAGCGAAGUAUAGCCAAGAAUAAUCUGAACUAUGAACUGAACCACAGACUAUUUUGCCUUUUUAUUUUUAAUUUACUACUACUUCUGGGAAGCUAUUAAAAUGUCAAAUUAUGUGUAUUUUAUAAAUAUUUUAGAUAAAUGUUUGCUCUUUGCAUGUCUCAGUCAUCGACUACUAUUUAGAAAAUAUAGUAACUUGUACUGCAAAUAUUUUAUUUUCCAGGAAAGCUUAACUCAUGCAAAUGAGAAUAUCUCCUUAGCCUGGUAGCCAGUGCUGUGACCUCUACACUAGAGAAGCAGAGGCCA